AUGGGAAAAGUGUGGAGGGACACCAUCGAAGGCUUCAAACAAAGCAUCAAGCGGAGCAGAAACCCAUCAAGAACACCAAAAAAUAUACAAAAGAAGAGCGUCACUAAAGACGUGUCGGCACCCAAGUCCAAGAGGCUGGCAAGGCAGAACAGCUUUAAGGUGAAAACCGGUGUCAGGGGGGACAGGGCCAUGUUGUCCCCCCCGGAUGCACCUCCCGCCUGUCCCCACUGCAAGGACAGUCUGGUGGCCGCUCCACUUGCGAGGACAGGGUCAGGGGGGUGUGAGGGACGCCCCGGGAUGGCAGGCUGCAGGGUGGCGGUCGCCCCCCUGGCUGCCUCCGACCCCCCGCUGAGGGUGGAACACAGACAUGAAGUUCGACAGGUUCAGCCCGAGUCCAGGGAUGUGUCGGAGCGUCUGGUCCAGUUGCAGCGCUGUAUGAAUUCCCUCCAGGAGCCAGGGGUCCCCAGGGGCCGUGUAGGCCAGGGAGGGGACACGCUGGGGGCCAUUCUGGCUCUGAUGGCUGCAAGGGGGCAGCGGUUGGAGAGAGGGAGAGAAAGACCUGAUACUACUGUUGAGGAGCAUCACAACAACCCUCCAACAGUGGUCCCCUCAGCGAGGCUGCAUCCUCAGGACUGUGCUGAGAUCUAUCGUUUGGGGAUCAAAGAGAACGGAAUCUACACCAUCCAGCCUGAUCCACACAGACCUGCAGUGGAGGCAGAGUGUGACAUGGAGACAGCAGGCGGGGGGUGGACAGUGUUCCAGCGUCGGCGAGAUGGCUCGGUGGACUUCAACCGAACGUGGCAGGAGUACCGCGAGGGUUUUGGUUCCCCACAGGGAGAAUACUGGCUGGGGAACGCAGCGCUGCAUGCGCUAACCAACACUGGUCAACACCUGCUGCGUAUACAACUGGAGGACUGGCACCAGCAGAAACGCCAAGCCACCUACAACACUUUCAGAGUGGCAGCAGAGGCACAGAGGUACCGUCUGACAGCACGGGAGUACUCUGGUGAUGCGGGCAAUGCCCUAAGCUACAGUAAACGCUACAACCAUGAUGGCCGAGCGUUCAGCACCAACGACCGUGACCACGAUCGCUACACAUCAGGGAACUGUGCGGAGUACUAUGGUGCAGGCUGGUGGUUCGACGCCUGCCUGGCGUCUAACCUGAAUGGACUCUUCUACCGCGGGCGCUACAGCGGGCUGACCAAUGGCAUUUACUGGGGCACCUGGUACAUCCUGACAGACAGUCACAGCGGAGAGCGCUACUCCUUUAAGAGUGUGGAGAUGAAGACACGCCCACGCAACUUCUAAUGAAGACUGACCUGGGAGCUAGUAGAUAGACAUACCCAAACAUAGACAUACCCAAACAUAGACAUACCCAAACAUCAUUAUUUUUCAGGAGAUGGCCAUAAACAAUAACUGGUAAUGUUGCAUAGUUAUAGAAAGGUCUAGAUCUCACCUUUCAGUAAAAAAAUUGUUAUAAAUUGCUGAGAUAUACUCACUUAUGAGGACACAAGCUCAAUUACAUAGUACAAAUAUUAUGAAAAUAUAAAAAAUAAUUUAUGUUUUUUUCCUAUUUAACAAAUUUCCCCUUUCUUAUAACUGUAAAAUAAAUGAUCAUAUUUAGUGACAAUUUCAUAUAACUGACGACAGAGACAUUUCUCCUAAAAGUCCACUUAGCGGAGCAAAGACACCAUUCAAAUGUGUGCAGACUCAUUACAUCUUCAGCGUUAAACACAAAGUGAUUUUGUCUGUCUGUGAUCAAGAGAAUGUGGUCUUGUUUAAAUUCUUCGAAAUGAUUUAGUCUUUUUUCAUGUUGAGAUCUCUAAAUCCGGUUGAGAAUAUCACAGCGACAUGAACCACAAUUGUUGGGUACGCUAGACUGUUACUGUUCAUAUGCCGCCUCCCAGGCUGGGCUCUGUCACUCAUAAGCAGAGCGAAUCGAUUCUUUGUCUGGAUAGGCCAGAAAAUGUGACACGUUUAUGCAAAUGACACCCUAUGCAAAUGUGGGGUCUGAUACCUGACACAUCAAGUCAGCUCCGUUGAGAGAGUGGUAGCGCCGAGUAGACAGGUGGGGCUUUCUGACAAUAUAAUGCACAUUCACCUACGACAUUCACAGAACGCUUUGUACCCCAAAAUCAGUUGGAACAUGUCCCGAACCGCUCAAAGUCCCCUAUAUAGGGGACUUAACAUCUUCAAAUUAAAACAUAGGCCUACUACACAAUAGUCUGAGCCACAGUACUGUAUAUGCAAAUCUAGGGUGGGGAACAUUAGCCUGGUCCCAAUCUGUUUGUGCUGUCUUGCCAACUCCUAUAGUCAUGUCACUCCAAACAAUAUUGGCAAGGCCACACAAACAGAUCUGGGACCAGGCUAGGGAAACCCUAAUCUGGCUGCAGAGUGUGUGAAGGUUAUUGUUACUCAGCUAAUGACUGGAUGUUUGAUUCACUGGAUAAUGUUGGGAUAGUGAGCCAUUAAAUCAGUUUUUCCAGGUGUAAAUAUGGUGCUAAAUGGAAAACUGGUCAGAUGACUCUAUCCUUAUCAAGUCAAAUCAAAAUCAAAUCAAAUGUAUUUAUAAAGCCCUUUUUACAUCAGCCGAUGUCACAGCGUGCUGUA